UUUGAGCUCGGGUCUGAGUCUGAUGGUUGUAGUCUUACUUUUAGGUGAUGUACACGGACUGGUCAGAGUUUCCACACGAUGACGAAUUACUUAUCCAUGACAAUUACGGCGAGUCGUUCCACAUCUUGUCCGCUACUUACACGUACUGCUCUGAUGAAGUCAAAUCACUGCCUAUGCGGAGUCGGAAUUGCUACUUUGACAACGAGUACCACUUGGAUCACUUUUGGAACUACCAUAACUCGGACUGUACCCACUUGUGUUAUGCAAACGCAGUGAAGCAAAGCUGCAAUUGUACUCCCGUGUUCAUUCCCCACAUCAAGCGGAACCCCUGCAAACUCGUUAAUAUUCCAUGUUCAGUUGCAGUUCGAUGGAAUACGUCUAAUUGGCUGACGUUUGAAAAAUGUCCGUGUCUGCGUGACUGCGAGUCGCGCAAAUACCGCAGUCAGGUGACCUUGGGGAACUUCAGAGCUGUACCUUAUGCCAUCAACAACCCCUAUAAAGGAUUAGUUUUGAACAACACUACCAGUGCACUCCGUUUUUUCUUCACAAACCCGGUGUUUUUGAAGCAAAAACAAGAAACUGUUAUGUCCAUCAUCAGCUUAGCUUCUAAUCUGGGAGGUGUAUUCGGCCUGUCCAUGGGGUUCAGCUGCAUCAGUCUCUUGGAAAUAUUAUUCUACAUCUACCUCGGACUCAGAAACUACAUUAAAAAUCGUUUGAAUAUAAAUUAA